AUGAAGUAUUAUAAUGACAUCAAUGAACAUUCAGAGUGCCCUUCACGUCAGAACACCUACGUUGAUCAUUGGAAACUGGAAUCUGACAACGCGCUUGAAUCAACGACUUAUAAUUACCAAAACACCCUCGACUUCGGCUCUUCGAUUUCUAGAGGAUCUCAGAAUUUAAAAGAUGAUGGGAAAGGGGACCUUUUCGAUAUUCAAGACGAGGAAAGAAAGGACGAGAUUGAAGUUUUUAGGACUUGGAGGGCUAAAGUGGAAGAGAUUGAAUCUUAAGAUGUCGUUUUUCGAAAGUUUGAGAUUUAGAAUCAUGUCUAUCAUCGAAGCAAUGGUUUUGGUUUCUAAGCUUGCUUUUUUCUUUCUUUUUUGCGGUUGCAGAUUCUAACACGUCAAUCACUCCCCGUCUGUAACAUAUUUUUUUGUAUUCUUGAUUAGUUUAUAAUAAUGUAAAUUUGAGUUUAGGUAUUUCAAUUCAAUACCGAAAUUUUCUUCUUCGUAUACGUUUCUGCUUUUAUGAUUUUUACUCUGUUACUGUAUUUAAUGACUCAAACAUUCAUUUUUUUCCAUCUUGGUAUCAACAGAAGCAUGUGUAAAAGUAGGUGAUAAUCAGCCCACACGGGUGUGAUGGAAUGGUUGGUGUUGGACUAAAAAUACAUUGCUUCUCCUAGUUUCGAUUGACCAUUGAAACUAUAUCACAAAGGUAUGGAAACAAGAGUAACACACAUACCCAGGUCCGAUUUAUCGUUGAAACUACAUCACAGAUAUGAGUAAACAAGAGUAUUCACAUGGGAUCCGUUGACCAGUUGACUUAGUAGCUCGGAUUAAAUGGUGUUCAGAAUAGGAUUACCCGAGUUAUAUAAGAAAAAGUAGGGAAUAAUCUGUUACCGUUUAAUGUGUUCUCUAGUUUCUAAAUAAGCAAGCAAUCCCCUUCUUAUUAUUUGAGGAGAACUUUUAUAAACAAACCUUUAUUUCAUGUGUGAUUCACAACUUUGCCAUUUCUUAGGUGUCA